AUGGCUUCCUCUCCGACUACUCAAGCCCCACGGCGUUCGUCCAGCCUUCCCGUUGGACGACCUCCUUCAACCAGUCCAGAUCCGCAGAUUGAGAUCCUAUUUACAUUACCAUCUGUUCGCAUCAUAUCAUUCAUAACAUCAUCGAAAUCUACUUCAAGACCUGGCUCAAGCAAUGGUCCUGCAGAUAUCGAGGAAGAGCCUGGAACUUUAUCAUGGGUCUCUCGUUUCGAGAGAACCAUUGCUGUUGGUCCUUUGCGUAUAUACAGAGCUCCAGGAUCGGUAGCAUUUUUGAAUUGCGCAAAUGCAUUACGGCCAAUAUUGCCGAAAUCUCAAGCAUGGUGUGUGGAUGGCAAUAGCAAAUUUGUGCUACAAAUUAGACCCCCACAAUAUUGGCGGAUCGAAGUUCCGCACAAGACCUUGGAUGAAAUUAUUAUGAUAGAGGAUCUCAAGAAAGUCCUGGAACAAGUUCUUCGGUAUGAGAAGACAGCAUGCCCAUUUAAGAGAGACUUUGUGGUGGAACUUCCGGAGAAGCCAGCAACACCUGUGAAGAAACGGCCUUGGAGACCAGUUGAGAAACCUCCAGGAGGUCCUCCGCCGAAAUCAUCGCCUCUAUUACAGGCUUCAGCACCAUACGACAGUUACGCUAUCGUGCCAUUGCCCGAAUCGCGCCCUUCAACCCCUUGCCCGUCUUCAGAGUUGUCAGCACCUCCUGGGAGGCCUACAAGUCAGGCUGAACCCCACAGAGAUCUCGAAUCGCCUGCAGGUACAUCGAUAAGCGAGAUUCGACAGGCCAUCGAGGCGGUUAAAAUGCCUAAUCUGUCCGGAAUCACCAUGCCAGAACCUUUGGACCGACCUCGCGAGCCCGAACCAGCUGAUCUUCGUCCUUUGCAGCCAUAUUUGCUGGAUACUCCUGAUUCUGAGUACAUCUUCGGGUCGUACGCGGGUACAGACGAAGAAAGCGAUAGCUAUAGUGACGCAACGGAUGACACGAAUUUGACUCCAAGAAGUGGCAGAAAGCCGCACCUUUAUCAGGUCGUUGAAAGUGAAUCUGAUAACGUUGGAAAGCCCCAGUCGAUACAAAAUUGUAAUCGAUCAGUCACUGCUCCUCCCAUUCUCUCUUUAAUUACCAGCCCGCCUUCGAAACAACGAACCAAAUCUCCACUUCGGUGUUCAACGACUUUCGAAACAAGCUCAGAUUGUUCAUCAAGUGUGGAAUCAUUCCACAGCGUGCAGUCAUGGCACUCCCCUCUUGCUCCUCCGUCACCCCCUGCUUCUGAGCCGUCAUCGCCAACGUCGACUUAUCGCUAUCCGCACGAGAACAUUGUCCUUUCAAAGCGGCCGAUUCACUCCCGCGAUAUAUCUGAACUCACCGUGACUCCCGAGACUCCCAAAAUGUGGGAUAGAAACACUAUAUCACAUGAACGGUCUAAUGCCCGGAGUCUUUCGCCUCCCCCAAGAACUCCACCUACUCUAGUACACGAUGGGAGUGAGAAAUCAGACGAAGAGCAUUUCGAAUUCGCAACACCACCAACUAUAAAACCAACUGUUCGACAUCGAGCUACGACGAGUAGUAACUCGAGACGACGAGCACUAUCGCCCUUACCAGCAGCAGUCAAUCUUUUUUCGCCACCAAAACAAGCACAGCGCCGGCUCCGGACUGCCAGACAUCUCCCAACCGCAAUCAUCCAAAAGACCUGCGAAAUUUUGCUCAGUCCACCCAGCCAUAUUUUCCAACUGAUGCUCAGCAUUGCCUCCAAGAUCGCUGCAGGGGAAUGGAGAGGCAUGCUCUCGGGCUAUGGAGAAGCAGUCCACUGGGAUUUUGAGGACGAGUACGGCCCUGACCCUUCUCUGUACGAAGAUGAUUAUGGUAUGAGCCUUGCAAAACCGAGAAUCAGCCAAGAAAUUGCUUCGAAAUCCAGCACGAAUAUCACUGGUGGCAGCUGGGAAGUUGACUGA